GGCUGAAUGAGAGGACGGAGGAAGUGUGUCUGAAUGCAGCCCCACACCUUUCCGGUGUAGCAGCGCUGCGACCAGCUCCACUUAAAGGAGAAAGACCCGAGCUGGGGGCAUUUAUCGAGACCGGCGGGGACACGCCAGGGGACAGCAGUUUCUACACCGGCGGAUGCGUGUGUUCUGCGGGUGGAAGUCGCCCUCCGAGCGCGGUGAAGUUAGCCGGCGGGACGCUUUGAUGGAGUAAAGCCGCAGAGAGCAGCUCUGGUAGCGGCGAGGAGAACAAGGGCGCAGCCGGUUGAACAAUGAUCGAGCUGCAGAAGUUGUCAGUGUGACCGUGCCAUGCUGUGCGAAGGCCCAGACAGCUUUGUGAUCCUCUGAACUUAAAUGCCCCUGCACUUAUCAGCAUCCUGACAGACUUUCUCAAGUGGAAAACACACCAGUACCACCUGAUCGGUGCCCAGAACUUUUCCUGAUCGAAGAAGUAUUUAUGCACAAGAGUUCAAAAUGGGGAAAAUGCUCUCUAAGAUAUUUGGCAAUAAGGAGAUGAGAAUAUUGAUGCUGGGGCUUGACGCUGCGGGAAAGACAACAAUCCUCUACAAACUGAAACUUGGACAGUCUGUGACCACCAUCCCCACGGUGGGCUUCAAUGUGGAGACUGUCACCUACAAAAACGUCAAGUUCAACGUGUGGGAUGUGGGGGGCCAGGAUAAGAUCCGCCCGCUGUGGCGACACUACUACACGGGCACGCAGGGCUUGAUUUUCGUGGUGGAUUGCGCAGACAGGGAUCGCAUCGACGAGGCGAGGCAGGAACUUCACCGCAUCAUCAACGACCGGGAGAUGAGGGAUGCCAUCAUCUUGAUAUUCGCCAAUAAGCAAGACCUUCCGGACGCCAUGAAGCCUCAUGAAAUCCAGGAGAAGCUGGGCUUGACCCGCAUCAGAGAUAGAAAUUGGUAUGUUCAGCCCUCCUGUGCAACUACAGGUGACGGACUGUAUGAGGGCUUGACAUGGCUAACCUCAAACUACAAAUCUUAAUGAUUGAGUGCUGACUGUUUUAGGUCAAAUCUAUAAUGAAGUUGCAAGUAACAAAUAACUUCUCAAAAUGAGUAUGGUUAAGAAAAGUUGAUUAUCUCCCAUUUAUUUUUAAUACUGCGUUUACCCCAUGACUAAUUUAUCUGUAACUGGGUUUGCCGGCUUAAAGUUUGCUUGUACUCUGUAGCAGGCCUGUGUCACUCUCAUUAAUUUCGGGGGCUUGAUUUGCUUGAUAAAUAUUGAUUUGGUCCCAAGGUUAAAGCCACAGAGAUCACCGCCUUUGCCUGUUCUUUUUCCUGUUUUAUAUGAUUUUUUCUAACGAAGCUGAAGUUUUUAUCUUCAUCCUUUGGACUAAAAAGCUUGUUUUCAAGGUCGUUCAAUCUCUGUCGCAUUGAACUUGGAUCUUCUUUCCUUUCGAGGCGAGCUCUGUCAUGUAGCCUACUGGAAGGACUUUGUUUCAAUACAGUACUGUGAUGAGAAGUAUUCACGAUGCUCUCGAGGAGGCCGGUUUCUCGAGGAAGGAAAAUGAAAAUGCUUACAUUUCAUUGUCAUCAGCAAAAAAAAAUAAGAAAAGAAGAAAAAAAAAUACACGUUUUGUUACCCCAAUAUCCUUAUGUGGGCUAUAUAGUUAACUGAUUGACCUUUUGUGUCAUGUCUUGAUACCUACUUGUGCUGAACAUUCAACCAAUAGGCCUCCACUAACUCUUACACAUGCUUGUCGAGAUGCAUUUUUAAAAAAAUUUUUGGGGUAAUUCGUGGUCAAGUCGACUGAAUCUCUCCAGAGGAAUGUCAUUCAGCUCCGAGCUCUCAAUCUGAAACCACGGUUGAUUAGUGUCAGCUUUGGGACAUUAUAUGAUAGCCUAUAUCUGUAGCAUGAGUACGGAAGUACAUUAACCCUCCAUCAGAUCCAUCUGUCGUGCAGUCGGAGGUGGGAGCCGCUGAGGCGUCGCUCCUGUUUUCCAGCGGGGGGGGGGGAACCAUGUACAGAACAAUGUCAUUGUAAUGUCUUAUUAAAAAAGUGAUUUUAACUCCUUUGUCUCCUUUCUUGAUCCAUAUUCAGUUUGGCGUUGUGUUAGAUGGAGCCGCUGGCCUCGGGUCCUGUGCCAGUUUAAAAAAAAAAAAAAAAAAUCUGAAAAAUGUCCAAAACAGGAAG